GCGGGCAGCUCCACCAUGUCGGACAGUGACCCGGGGGACGAGGACGGCGCCACAUCCCCUGACCCCUCGCAGUGCAAGAGGAAGAGAAGGGGAAACCUCCCCAAGGAGUCGGUGAAGAUCCUGCGGGACUGGCUGUACGAGCACCGCUUCAACGCCUACCCCUCGGAGCAGGAGAAGCUCAGCCUCUCGGGGCAGACCAGCCUCUCCGUGCUGCAGAUCUGUAACUGGUUCAUCAACGCGCGGCGGCGGCUGCUCCCCGACAUGCUGCGCAAGGACGGCAAGGACCCCAACCAGUUCACCAUCUCCCGCCGCGGGGGCAAGGCCGGGGACGCGGCCGUGCCGCGGGGCGCUGCCGCCGGCGCCGGGCUGCUCGUGGUGCCGCCCGCGGGCGCCUCCAAGGUGCUGUCCAUGUCGGUGUGCCCGCGGGUGCUGUGCCAGCCGGCGCGGGCGCUGGCCGUGGUGAGCGCCCACAGCCCCGAGUGGGAGAAGCCGGCCGGGCCCGAGGCCAGGGCGGGCCCCGGCAGCAGCAGCACCCUGACCCUGCUGGCGCGGGCCGAGGCGGGCAGCCCCACACCCGGACUCUUCAACACGCCGCCCCCGACGCCCCCCGAGCUCUUCGGGGACGACUUCAGCAGCUUCCAGCUGCUGGUGGAGGUGGCCCUGCAGAAGGCGGCCGAGCUGGAGCGGCAGCGGCAGGGGGGGCAGCUGCCCCUGGCUCCGCACGCCGAGCCCCCCGGAGCCCCCAAAUAG